AUGGCGCUCGAUGCAGUCCUGCUCGAUGUUUUGAAGCGCCACUGCUCGGCCCUGGGCGACACGUUCACCGCCCAGGGGGGCUCCAAGGUGCUCUGCCGACCAUCGAAUCGAGUCGUGUUUGCCAAGACGGGUCGUGCAGAUCAGGUGCUGGGCGAGGCAGAAUCACUCGACGCCAUGUAUCGCGCCUCACAAGCUGCAGGUCACAAGGAGACGCUCAUUCCCACAAUUCACGCCUUUGGCAAGACACAAGACGGUUCCAGAGGCUUUCUCGUGACGGACUACAAGGACCUUCAGUCGUCAUUGGGCAAGCAAGCUCAGCGAACGUUGGGCAGAAAGUUGGCGGAGAUGCACCGGCACGGUACGUCGGACAAUGGCAUGUACGGGUUCAGCAGGCCGACACACUGCGGCGAAACGGAGCAAGACAAUACCUGGACUGCCUCGUGGCCCGAAUUCUGGGCCGAUCGUCGCAUCGGCGAUUUGGUCCGUCGCUCAGGAGACGCCGAGCUCGCCAAGCUCGAGGUUCAACUUAGAGAAAAGGUGUAUCCAUUGAUCUUUAACGACGAGGCGAUGCGCAGCGUUCGACCCUCAAUCAUCCAUGGUGACCUCUGGAGCGGCAAUUCGGGCACUGACCACGACACAGGCGAGCCCAUCAUUUUCGACCCCUCCUCGAGCUACUCGCACAACGAAGCCGAGCUUGGCAUCAUGCGGAUGUUUGGUGGCUAUUCUUCAGACUUCUUUGACAGCUACCACGAAGUGAUGCCCAAGGCGCAGCCAUACUACGCAGAGCGCAUCGAGAUGUACGAGGCGUACCAUCAUCUCAACCACUUUGUCAUCUUUGGCGGCUCCUACAAGUCGGGCACCGUCAGGAUCUUCAAGAAGCUCAUCGCAUGGGCCGAAAAGGAA